CUCCGAAGGACCCAGUCCUGUAAGGCUCGUCCAGUCUACUGGUGUUCGCCAUGGACGAGGAAAGACGGGUAGUUGAGCCUCAGAGACCAGCCUUGCAAACCGCUCUCACCUUGGUCGUUCACCCACCGGAGUGCCCGCGCAAUUUGCUGCGGGGUUCGGUGAUCUCGUCUGUGGCUCCGACAGUUGUAGCAACAUCCACGAGAAUACCAUGUUGCGGCAAAUUCGGCUUCCAAGUCGUCUUGCGAUCUGCGACUGACCCGCCGGAGCUUGGAGUCGCGUCACUCUGUCUACUCCGGUAGGUCGCGCAUACAUCAUAUGCUCAUUGCCUCAAAAAGAAACUCCCAGCACUCUUCAUCCAUAUCCUAGUCCACCUGCUUGCUUUGCCACGUUCGUCAUUUGUCGUCGCAAUGGCGUACCCUCAAAUCACCUUCAUCCACACCACUAUUACGCCUAACACCUUACUGGGCCAGCGACGACAAGCAGCCUCAGCCAAUACACUGCAGUACCAGCUCGAUGUCCUCAAGAAGACUGGUCGUUAUGAUGCUUUCAAGCUGGAAUGGCACCCAAUAUACGACCGUACUCCCGAGGUCUGGCCUAUCCCUGACCAUCUCUUCUGGGAUUCUGAUGUUGCAAAGUGGAUCGAGGGUGCAUGCUACUUUUUGCAGCAGCAAGCAAUGCCAGAGAUUUCCCAAGCUGUUGAUGAACUGGUAAGCAUGAUUCGAAGCGCUCAGCAGUCAGAUGGUUACCUCAACAUACACUACACUGUUGUGGAGCCAGGGAAGCGCUUCACGAACCUCAAGGAUAUGCAUGAACUCUACAACUGCGGUCAUCUGAUCGAAGCGGCCUUGGCACAUAAAGCUCUCUAUGGAAAUGACCAGUUACUGAGUACAAUAUGCUCAUACGUGGACCUUCUAUGCAACACGUUUGGUCCUGGACCGGGACAGACUCAUGGCUAUCCUGGCCAUCCUGAGAUUGAACUUGCUCUUCUCCGCCUCUACGAGCAGACUCAGGUCGAACGCUACCUUUCGCUGGCACGAUAUUUUAUCACCGAAAGAGGUAAUCUGACUGGCUGUGAUGGAAGACACUACUUCGAUGUCGAGGCCGAACGGCGUGGAGCAGAUCCAAACAUGAAACCUGCUUUCUAUCCUGAACCUCGCUCUCUGUGGUAUCAUCAAGCGCAUGCGUCAAUCGCUGAGCAGCAAACUAUCGAAGGCCAUUCGGUCCGUGCCAUGUACCUCUUGACGAGCGUUGCCGAUCUCUUUCGUCUCGAGGAGGGUCACUCUGAUCUGGAAGCCGCGACAUACAGGUUAUGGAAUAACAUGGUGAAUCAGAAGAUGUACUCGACUGGCGGUAUCGGUGCCAUCAAGCAAUGGGAAGGAUUUGGCCUCGAUUAUUUCUUGCCACAAGGUACGGCAGAGGGAGGCUGUUACUCAGAAACAUGUGCUGCAAUCGGUGUCAUGAUGCUGGCCCAGAGAUUACUGCAGACCGACCUUGAUGGUAGAUUUACUGAUAUUAUGGAACUCUGCUUGUACAAUGCCGUUCUGACUGCCAUGUCGAUUGAUGGUAAGAAGUUUACAUAUGUCAAUCAGCUUGCUUCAAGCGUCAAGGACUUGUCGGAACGCGAUGAUUGGUUCACUGUUGCGUGUUGUCCGCCAAACAUGUUACGACUGUUGGGAACGAUCGGAGGAUAUAUUUGGAGCUUUGACACGGAUAGCGACAACAGAACUGCCCAGAUCGACGUGCAUCUUUACGUGGGCGCCAAGCUUGUCUUUGAUUGCGGUCAGAGCCAAGUCAUACUUGAGCAAGAGACAAAUUGGCCGCUUUCUGGAGAUGUGAGAUUCAAGCUGCAUUCGGAGACCAUUGAUGUGGCCAUUCGCCUAAGGAUACCCGGCUGGGCCAAGUCAUGGAAGAUCACGCCCCAACUACCAGGUGCCGACUUGAACAAGGGAUACGUCACGAUCACUUCCCACUGGCUCAAGCAAAAUCCCGAUUUCACUCUUUCCGUCGCUUUUGAGCCUCGGAUAUUAUUCUCUCAUCCCCUUUCGAACACAAAUACUGUCACCAUUGCGAGAGGUCCCGUUGUAUAUUGCGUGGAGGACAUCGACAACGAUUGGGUGCAGGACCACUUCGCAAGCGUAUUGUUGAGUCCCGCUUGCGAGAUAGCUGAGAAGCACAUCCAAGGUUCGGACAUGGGAGAUUCGUAUGUCGCCUUGACUGUCACAAAAGGCGCUUCGCUUUUAGAUGCCAGCGCCAGGGAGGCAACGCCGUUCUUGAGCGAGGAUGGUCUUAUGGCUGGCAAAGCACUACAAGAUCUCACCUUUGUUCCUUACUACUUCCGCGCGAACAGAGGUGGCAGGGGACAAAUGCGUGUAGGGCUCAAGAAGGCUACCUGAUCACAGGCUGCGGUAUUUGUCCGUCAACAAGACACAAACCCCAAUCGCGUGUGGCGCUGAUGGUCCGUCUGAUUGAUCAUGUGUAUACCAUGGUAAAGAUACUCUACAAUUGACUACACUCCCCGCGAACCCGCC